CGAUUUUUUUCCAUCUCUAAUAUUUUUGGUAUCCUAAAAUCUAAAAUUUUAUGACGAUAGACCUCGUUUAUAUUGCUUAAUAAGUUUAAUAAAUUCACAUAUAUAUGUAAAUAUUAAUGAAAAAACAACUACGGUACUACUAUGGCUCGAUUAUUAUUUCAAACGUUGAGUUUGUCAAUUUUAAAAAAUGACAAGAUUUGGUUGGUUCACCCCACCCAUAUGUUACCCUACACAAGUUUACGCAAUACCAGUUUUUUUAACAGACUUCCUGCGGAAGACAUUUGGCGUGGAGUGACUGCAGUUAGUAACGCUGGAAAAAAAAGAGGUCGUGGCAAGGGAAGUGGAAAGAAAGUAGCUAAAGAUCUAAAUAGGGGACAAACUAUUGGAUUCGGAAAAAAGAGUUGCCUAUGGCCAGGAUUAAAUUCUCCAGUUUUUCGUGGAAAUGAGCUCAUCCAUCAACAAAAAACGGUUGAGGGCACUGAUAGAGAAUACGGAAUUAAUAAACUGCGUGAUUCGAUGGGAAAUUUCAGGUUGAUGAAACUAAAUCCCAUAGAUCGUGGAUGGUCGGGCAGCAAAAUGCCUGGAAGAAGUAUUGGACCACCUGACACUGUUAGCGAAGAAGAAUUUACUUCUUUUGAUACCCGAGUAUUGGAGAACAAAAUUGUUUUUAUUAUGAAAGGAAAUAUGGGAAGAAAACGAAGGUAUUCUGUCUUGUCGGUCACAGGAAAUGGAAACGGUUUAGCAGGAUUUGCUACAGUGAAGGCGCCAGAAGUGAGAACUGCUCUUCGGAUGUCAAAAAAUCGAGCAGCCCAGAAACUUAUUAAUAUAAGCCUUUGCGAAAAUAGAACUAUAUACCAUGACUUUUUUACAGCUUUUGGAAAAACCAAAAUCUAUUGUUUUCAAAAACCUGAUGGAUACGGAUUAAUUUGCCAUCGGGCUAUAAAAACCAUAUGUAAAGUUAUAGGUAUAAAGGACUUGCACGCUAAGAUUGAAGGAUCAACCAACUUACAGCAUAUUGUUAAAGCAUUUUUUAUAGGUCUUAUGCGUCAAAAGUCGUUUCAAAACAUUGCUACAGAGACAGAUUUAAACAUUGUUCAACAACAAAAGUCGAAAAUCGGAUAUACAGAGGUAAAGGGAAUUCCACUUUCUAAACCAGCGCCAUUUUCUAAUAUUCAAGUAAUAGACUAUAUGCACUAUACAUUGGGCAAUAAAAUCGUGUUAAAAAAAAAGGAAGUCUCUCCAUUUUAUAUUUACACAAAGGGGCAUGAAUUAAAACAAAUUAAAAAUGAACGAUUUCGAAACCAAAUAAAUGUUAGACUAAAUAAGCUAGUUAAAUUGUAUGUAUAAAGAAUUAUAAUUAAUAAAUUUAACAUUUAAUUUCCAUA